ACCAUAUGAUGAACUAAUAAUUUGUACAAUGUUUUAGAUAUUGAUUGUGCUGCAGAAUUGUAAACUUAAAUUUGCACUUAAAAAGAAUUUAGAAAUAAACGUUAUUUUGCUUUGUAUUUCUUCAGUAUUAUAUAUUUCGUAAAAUCAUUGCAAUAUGUUGACUACAAGUGUAAUUUCUAUAGGGUUUAAGUUUCGAAUUCCGAUACCAACUCAAAGAUUGAAUACUUUAAUUAAAAUGUAUUCUACCUCGUCUGGAUCACCAUCCGAUUCAUCAUCAUCGUCUGGAUCACCAAACGAUUCAUCUUCAUCGUCUGGAUCAUCAUCAGACUCAUCAUCUGAUUCUGAUUCGGAUACAGAAAAGGAAAAGAAAAAAAAAUCAGUUGCAGAUGCUUCUACAAAAUCAUUGGAUAGUCUUAUAGAUAAUCUAAUGUUGAAAGAUAAAAAAAGAAUAGAUGUUGCUAUGCCUGUGAGAAAAAUUAUUGAAGAGGAUAAAUCAUUCAUAAAGAAGACAAAUAAAUCGUAUGAAGCACAACUUAUAGAAGCUGCCAAAGAUGUAACGAAAGCUCUCAAUAUAGACAAAGGAGAAACAAAGACACAAUUAUUAGAUAGAUUAUCCACUAUAUAUAAAGACAAUUAUAAAAAGAAAAAACAUGGAAGCUCGAGUAAAGUAGUAAACAAGAUUGUAUCAGAACAUAAAUUAUCUUCAGAAAGCAAACAAAUAGAUAGUAAUGAACAAUGGAAAUACAAAGCUGAUAUUGUUCGUAAGUUUAAAACUCAUGAUAAACGCGAAGAGCAGGUACAUAUGAUUGGACCAAGUAUUAUCAACCAAUUAAAGAAGGAAGCAAAAAAUAAAUAUUGGAAGGAAACAAUUGCAAAGCAAAAAAUGCUAAAUGUUACUUUUAAUGAAAAAGCAAAAGCAAUUUUAAAGACAUGAAAGAACCUAUGACAAACAUACCAAAGUUAUCCAU